AUGGAAAUCUCGGUGUUCUUAUUUUACGUGAUGACGUUGCUCGGCAUUGUAACGAGCGACAAGUGCGCCGAUGAGUGUUCCUGUAAGUGGAAGAGCAUCGAUCCGGAGACUCAAGUGUUGGACACCAGCGGCAACGAUAUUCGGUUUCUGCCGAGCAAAAUCUUCAAACGUGUACGCUUGACGAAUCUACAGCGUCUCUACCUACGGGAGUGCGGUAUCGACCGAAUCGAUAGCGAAGCACUGGCGGGCCUUACGAAUCUGGUGGAGCUCGAUCUAAGCCACAACCUAUUGACCGUCGUUCCUAGCGCCAGUUUUUCGGACACACCGUUCCUCAGGGACCUCGUGAUCGCGAACAAUCCACUGAAAAGGAUUCACUCGCUCGCCUUCAAGAGCACACCUAACCUGGUUAAGCUCGAUCUCUCGCACACGCAGCUCGUGGAGAUCGAGGCGAGAGGUUUCAAGGGUCUCGAAUUACUGGAAAGUUUGAAAUUGAACAACAAUCAGCUGUCGACCCUUCAUCCGGGCACAUUCGACCCGUUGAACAAACUCACCAGUAUAGAGCUGCACGACAAUCCGUGGAUCUGCGAUUGUCAUUUGCGCGAAAUGAAAAUGUGGCUGGUGAAGCACAAUCUGCCCACAGUUCAGGCGCCUCUGUGCCACGGGCCUAAGCAGUUAUUGAAUCGUACGUUCACCGAGCUGGGUAUCGACGAUUUUGCUUGCCGUCCGAUGCUCUUGAUAGCCAGCCGGUAUGCGGAAGCGACGAUAGGUGAAAAUGCCAGUAUCGAGUGUCGGGUCAGCGCGAUACCACCGGCUAAGGUGAAGUGGUACUGGAACGGACGACUGCUGACCAACCACUCGGCGUUCAGUAGUCAUCAGAAGAUCUUGAUCUUCGAGGAGGGUCAGUUCAGGAAAAAGAGCACACUCGUGCUCACGAACGCCCAAGAAGCGGACUCCAGCGAGUUUUAUUGCGUGGCUGAGAAUCGUGCGGGCAGCGUCGAGGCGAACUUUACCCUUCACGUGUCAUUGAGAACCGCUGGAAUGUCCACCCUCGGUUCCGGCCAGAUCGCGGGAAUAUCAGCCGCGUUGGUUGUCCUGAUACUGUUUAUACUUCUGAUCAUACUGGUGUUGUUCGUACGUUUACGACGGAUGCCGUUGAAAGACGUGAAAUCAUCCGUGCCCGCGGAUGGUGUAUCGGCGGACGGCGGUGGCAGUAACGAGAAUCCACCAUCGUCCGCGACAUCGACCACACGCCGAAAACACGAAGAGGUCGAGACCACGUCGUUCGGUGUCGAAUCGAAACCUCCUGUCUCGUUGAGUCUCAGUUACGUUCAACGGCCCCAAGCAGCGUCGUUACAGACGGAGAACGAGUACGGUUCGAUCAGUCGUUUCGACGAAUCCAGCCAACCGUCCUCGACGAUGGUCGCGCCGGGAGCGUGUUUCUCGUCGACCACGUCGCUAAUGCCGAUCGAAAAUCCUGAUCUGAUCAGGGACACGCGACGUGGAUCAGUGGAGGACAUCACACCGUACGGCGGCGCCGAUUACAGCCGGAUGGAAGUGGUCGACGACGCGAAGAUCCUUUACUCGAGUUGUCUGUGGGAGGCGAGGGAUGCGUGCAGGACAUCAGUGUCGGUCAGCACGUACCCAUCGAAGGAGCAACUGGCGGUGGUUGCGCCUAUGGUCGAGCAAUUUCCACCGGGCGCUAAGCAGAUACGUGUCUGGCAAAAGGGUGUGCCGGUGUUGCCGCCUGUCUCCGCGUUGAAGCGUGUCCUCGGCUCGACGCGCAGUUCACCCGACGAGGGUUAUCAGGAAGGGACCGGGACGGAUGUCUAGGUUCCGCUGCUUCAUUACUGCGACGCCCGGCACCGUUACCUGGAGCUACGUA